AUGGCGGCGCUCGCUCCAUCGAAGAUUCUGGGCACCCAGCUCAACUUCGCCGGCUCCUCCCGCUACGCCACCGCAGCGCCCACCGCGGGGGCUCAGAAGAUUGUCUCCCUCUUCAGCAAGAAGCCUGCCCAGAAGCCGAAGCCCGUUCCAGUAUCGUCCUCUUCUCCAGACAUCAGCGACGAGCUCGCCAAGUGGUAUGGUCCUGACAGGAGGAUCUUCCUGCCGGAUGGGCUCUUGGACCGCUCGGAGGUGCCGGAGUACCUCACCGGAGAGGUCCCUGGAGACUAUGGCUACGACCCUUUUGGCCUGGGCAAGAAACCAGAGGACUUUGCCAAGUACCAGGCCUACGAGCUGAUCCAUGCCAGAUGGGCCAUGCUCGGUGCCGCUGGCGCUGUCAUCCCAGAGGCCUGCAACAAGUUCGGCGCUAACUGCGGCCCUGAGGCCGUCUGGUUCAAGACCGGCGCCCUGCUCCUGGACGGCAACACCCUCAACUACUUCGGCAACAGCAUCCCCAUCAACCUGGUGGUGGCCGUGAUCGCGGAGGUCGUCCUCGUCGGCGGCGCCGAGUACUACCGGAUCAUCAACGGACUGGACUUUGAGGACAAGCUGCACCCCGGUGGGCCCUUUGACCCGCUGGGCCUGGCCAGCGACCCCGACCAGGCCGCGAUCCUCAAGGUGAAGGAGAUCAAGAACGGCCGGCUCGCCAUGUUCUCCAUGUUCGCCUUCUUCAUCCAGGCCUACGUCACCGGCGAAGGCCCCGUCGAGAACCUCGCCAAGCACCUCAGCGACCCCUUCGGCAACAACCUGCUCACCGUCAUCUCUGGCGCCGCCGAGAGGACGCCCAGCCUGUGA